AUGGUUCCUCCCUCAGUGUUAGUCCCGCAAACCCACCAAGGCCCCCACACCAAGUUCACCGACGCCCAGCCCACCACCCAGGGCAAGGUCGAGCUUGCCGACUGGGACCAGUUCCACUUUGCUCCGAUCAGAGAACUGACGGUGUCGCGGGCAAUGACCAAGCGCUACUUCGCUGAUUUGGAUAAGUACACCGAGCUGGACGUCGUCAUCAUCGGCGCCGGUUCCGCCGGGUUGCUGGCGGCGUUCGUGCUUGCCAAGAACCGUCCCGACUUGAAGAUCGCCAUCAUCGAGGCUCUGGUGUCCCCCGGCGGGGGGUGCUGGCUUGGGGGCCAAUUGUUCCUGGCGUUAGUGGCGAGAAAGCCCGCCGACGUGUUCUUGAACGAGCUUGGCGUCGAAUACGAAGACGAAGGCAACUACGUCGUCGUCAAGCACGCCGCUCUCUUCAUGCUGACCCUCAUGCUGAAGGUGCUCCAGUUCCCCAACGUCAAGUUGUUCAACGCCACCGCCGUCGAGGACUUGAUCACCAGAGAAGACGAACAGGGCUUGCGAGUGGCCGGCGUCGUCACCAACUGGACGUUGGUGGCGCUCAACCACGACACCCAGCUGUGCAUGGACCCCAACACCAUCAACUGUGACGUCGUCCUUUCCACCACCGGCCACGACGGCCCCUUCGGCGCCUUCUCCGCUAAGAGAAUGGCUCAAAUCUAUGACUCGAAGGCUAAGCUUGGCGGCAUGAGAGGCUUGGACAUGAACCACGCCGAGGACGCCAUCGUCAAGGGCACGCGUGAAGUCGUUCCCGGGAUGGUCAUCGCCGGGAUGGAGCUUGCCGAAGUCGACGGGCUGAACCGGAUGGGUCCCACUUUUGGGGCGAUGAUGCUUUCGGGGGUCAAGGCCGCCGAACUGGUGCUCAACGCCUUGGACACCCGCCACCGCCAAAACCUCGGCGGCUACGGCGGCAAGCAAUCUGUGUAG